ACGUCACUCCUGUAAAGACCACUAACGCACAUGUCAGCUUGCCGGCGACAUUUUCUGUAUUUGAUUGUCGAACAUUCCCCUCUUUUUUUUCGAUUGCAGAGUAAAUUUCAAUGGAAAUCAAGGAGUACAGAAUAACUUUGCCCGUAUCUGUCGAAGAAUAUAAAAUUGGUCAGUUGUACGCUGUUGCAGAAGCAAGUAAGAACGAAACGGGAGGAGGGGAAGGAAUCGAAGUGGUAGUAAACGAACCGUACUCAGACCACGCAAAGUAUGGGAGCGGACAGUACACACAUAAAGUUUUCCAUUUAUCGAAAAAGGUUCCAUCUGUAAUUCGACUUUUGGCACCUAAGGGUUCGUUGGAAGUUCACGAAAAAGCGUGGAAUGCUUAUCCGUAUUGCAGGACGGAGUAUUCAAACCCGUACAUGUCGGACAAUUUCUAUAUCUAUAUCGAUACAUGGCAUAGGGAAGGAGAAGGCGAGGAAAAUGUGCACAAGUUAACGGCGGAAGAACUGGGAAACAGAGUUGUGGUAGAUAUUGACAUAUCUGACAACAAUUGUGUUGCUCCAUCGGACUACAAGGAAGAUGAGGACCCAACUAAAUUUCACUCCGAGAAAACUGGGCGAGGUCCUCUUGAUUGUGAAGGCGAGUGGAAGAAAAACGACCAUUGGCCUAAAAUGACGUGCUACAAGCUCUACCAAGUACAGUUUAAAUGGUGGGGCCUCCAGACCAAGGUACAGAGCAUUAUCUUUAAGGCUGUGAGGCGACUCCUCACUAACUUUCACCGGCAAUUGUUUUGUUGGUUGGAUCUUUGGUUCGGAAUGACCAUGGAAGAUAUACGAGAGCUUGAAGAGAAAACCAAAGCAGAGCUAGUUAGGUUACGACGUGAAGGCGAAGUGCGUGGAAUGUCUGAGAAAUAAAUAAAACUGAAACAGUUUUUCAUCUGUAAUCAUUACUUGGCUCGUAAAUCCUCUUCCAUUGUUAUUAUUUAGGUGAACCAUGUUGCUUAGGGUUAUUUGCAAAGAUACAAAGUCAACAAUACUUAAUAUGUUGGUGAUUACAUGGGGUGCAUAAAAAGUCCUUCUGUACAUUUAACUUAAUUUACGAGAUGUAUUUAUCUAGGAUUAAAACUUUGAUUACCACAAAGUUAUUCUUUGUGGUGUGUGGUAAGAAGUAUUCACAUAUCAGGUGAGUUUUUGAUUCAGCAUGAUGCGCUUAAUAAGUAUUUUUGGCGAUGCAAGUGUCUGUUUCUGGUAAUAAAAGAGAAUGCAACACUAUACUUGAUAUGGUUAGCUUUAAGUAAUUUUAUCACGAAAUUAACCUGUCUGUGCCCUGUCCAUCAUGGUACUGUUUAAGAUGAGGCAUUAAUGUUAUCAAUUGAUAUGAACCCUUCAAAACCUCUAAUUCUGUUUUCACUUUUAAUUGUUCAUUAUAUAUUGAUUAUCUCAAACAUUGUAGUGUGAAUCAUCUUAAAAUCAAGAAAAGAUUCUGUUCAGGCUUUAUGGUAUAAUUUGUUUGAUCAAGUCUUCAUCUUGGCAUGAUAAGUCAUGAACUGGGUUGAUUGAUGUACCUGUGUGGAUACUGAUACUUUGAUGGUUGAACAUCCAGGAAAGUACAAGGUCAUGGUUUUUUUACCUUGUCUAGUAGAAUGCAUGAUACAAGUACACUUAUAGUACAGUGGUGAAUGGAGAACUAGUAGAAGAUAUUACACUAUGAAUAUAUGGAUUCUUGGUAAAUCCAAGUGACUGUGUUAAAUUGAAUGCUUCUGUUUAAGGGAGUGAACUCAGAAAGCUUUGAUGUUCAGUUUUUUAGGUCAGAUACAAUUCCAAAAAUGACUAACUCUUUGACACCUGAAGCACGAUACACUGUGGUGUCUCCUCUAGGUAGGCCUGAAAAAGAAUCCUGUUGAAGAAUUUGACACAGACUCUCUUUUGCAUCUUAUGCGCUAAAAGUUUAAAAAAAUAAAUCUCAGUUUAUAAUAGGGUUUACAGAAUGUACCAUAGAAUUGUUUGUAAUUUGAUUUGUAAUUACUCUAAAGUACGAUUCAUUAGUUGACUACAAGGCUAGAUGUACGCUGAGAUUAGUUACAAAGUGGAAUAUUCUUCUAAAAUCACUCUUAGGAUUUAUAGCACAACAAUUCAAUAAACAAUUUCAAUGUGAA